AUGCCUGGCUUCUGGAUCUUCAUGUACCGCGUCUCGCCAUUCCACUACAUCAUCAGCGGCCUGAUGACAGUCUCACUUGCAAACACCGCCGUCACGUGCGCCAAUAACGAGAUGUUGCAAUUCCAGCCAGCCCAGGGACAAACGUGCGACGAUACAACCAACUGCUCCUUUUGCAAGAUGGACAGCACCAACUCGUAUCUUGCGAGCUUGGAUUCCUACUACCAGGACAGAUGGUGGGAGUUCGGCCUGCUGUGGGUCUAUAUUGUGUUCAAUGUUGUUGCCGCGUUGGGGCAUUACUGGUUAAGGAGGGUCCCCAAGAAGAGGAAGGGUGUUUCGCCUUAG